UUUGUGAGGUCACUCAGGGCCGCUGUCACUCUCCUGUUGACAAAGCUCAACAUCCCCCUCUACAGGGCGUAUCAGUACGGUGUUUACACUCGGGAGCUGCUGCAGUUUGGGGAUAAGAUGUCCAUGCUGCUCCUGCUGCCCCCUAGUGAAGACUUCAGUUCUAGCUACUGGCCCCUAGUGGGCACCAAGGAGACAGGCCUUACAAUGCCACUGCAGAUCUUUGAGCUGGUGCACUUCUGGACGUACGAGCAAGACUUCCUGUCUCAGUACUGUCAGGUCUGGGUUCGGUUGGAGCUGGACGCCCAUCUGUCCCAGCAGGCUUUGCGAGAAGCUCUGGACACGAAGGAGGUGCAGGAGGCCAGAGACCGCCUUGGUCACAUCACUCAGCUCUCACAGGGUCUUGAGGUGGUGUGGCGUGAGGCCCGGUGGAUCAUGGAUGUCCUGCAGUGUGUCCGCUCUAAACAGUGGGUGGGGGCGGUGCCUCUGGGCCUGGUCAUGGGAGGAGACCCACCUGCCUGCCCAGAUGAUGAGGAGGAUGACAGGCCUACCACCAGAGUCUGGCCCCAGCGCAUACUCUCUCAAAAUAAAAUAUCAGAGAGCAUUACCUGUACUGUUACAGAUGUUGGUGUCAGCAGUGGGAUCUCUGAGCCAAUAUGUAUCCCGGGGGUCCAUGAAAAGGCUGUGGGUUUAAUUGAGGGGGCUAGCAAAGGGGGGUACCCCGUGGACCUCAGUGCCCAACAGCCUGUUGUGGCGUUCAACAGCCUGGACCAGUCAGGAGUUGGGUUCGACAGUGUGGCCCAAUCAGAAGUGGUAUAUCAUAACAUUAUGGCCCAAUCAGAAGUGGCAGAUCAUGACAUUGUGAACCUGCCAGCUGCCUACAGUGGAGAACUGGAGUAUCCUCACAGUUUUGUCAGUGAUGUGAUCCCGCCUCUACCAGAAGUGGACAUCAUCUUCCCCACACUGAGUCUGAUAGAUGAAGAGAGGAGGAGGACCCUGUACCUGGGAGGAUGGAUAUGUUUGACAGUUUAA